UCGACAAUAUUCGCCAUGUGCUUGCCGACUACACGCGUCUGCGCAGGCUUCGAUCAACAAAUGUAUUGAUAAAAACGAUAUAAAAACCGCCACAUGACUGUACAGUGUACUAUCUCAGUGUAAUGUGUACACACUUGUUAUGUUGUGAAUGGGUGCUUCGAUUUCAUAAUGUAAAGUGAAUGUGUGAUUGACUCUCGUGUGAUUAAGUUAUCAGUGUAUACGAAACUAUUAUUGCUAAUUAAAUGCAAAAGUCACAUGUAUUGUUGUAAAUAAGACACUGAUUUGUUGUUAGUGAUUUUUUUUUAAUUUGUGUUAGAAAAAUGAAUGCGUCGUGUAGAGAAAUUUAACUUUUUUUUAAUCAUUGAAGUUUAGAUAACUUGCUUAUUAUCUACAUCGCUACUACGCCCUCAGGGACAAUUGCAUUUUUUUAAGGAAUUGUUGGAGUGAGUUGGAAUACUAAUUAAGUUUUGUCCCUAAAAAUGGACGAAAACCACCAAGUGCAAGCUCAUAACCUGCUUGGUCUGAAAACGCAGGUCCCGAAAAGAAAAGACACUGCUUUGACACGUACCUUGCGAUCAUGUUGUUUUAUACCUCAGCGCUAUAUAUUAGGAGUAAUGGGCCUCCUCGGAGUCUGCAAUGCGUAUACUAUGAGAGUUUGUCUCAAUUUGGCUAUAACACAAAUGGUGAACCGUACAAAAAGUGGUGAAGCCCAUUUUGAUCCAUACGCAUGCCCUGAGGAUGAAGUAAUUGGCAACGCAUCAACAACCGUUCUAAAGCCAUACGCGAUCUUUGAUUGGGAUGAGAAAACACAAGGGCUCAUACUCAGCGGCUUCUAUUACGGAUAUGCAGCGACCCAAGUUCCUGGGGGUUAUUUAGCAGAGAAGUUCGGAGGUAAAUGGACACUGGGCGUCGGUCUCCUUAGCACUGCCUUAUUCACGUUCCUCACACCAAUCGUCAUACGAGGCGGGGGCGCCACUUGGCUGUUCAUUCUUCGAGUUCUACAAGGGAUGGGCGAGGGUCCAACAAUGCCAGCGCUCAUGAUCAUGUUGGCAAGAUGGGUGCCUCCACACGAGAGAUCAUUCCAAGGGGCCCUCGUAUUUGGUGGAGCUCAGAUAGGCAAUAUAUUUGGUUCCUACAUGUCUGGCAUACUACUCGCCGAUGGCAGAGACUGGGCCUAUGUGUUCUAUUUCUUCGGCGGAUUCGGCCUUGUGUGGUUUACACUGUGGAGUCUUACCUGCUACAGUACUCCAAACACCCACCCAUACAUAUCUAAGAAAGAACUAAACUACCUGAAUAAGAAUGUGACGACAGCGGAGAACAGUUCCCUCAAAGAUCCAGUUCCUUGGAAAGCGAUAUUGAGGUCAGCGCCGGUGUGGGCCCUCGUGUGGGCGGCGGUUGGACACGACUGGGGUUACUACACGAUGGUGACAGAUUUACCGAAGUAUUCUCACGAUGUCCUCAAAUUCAACAUAGCGACCACCGGCACCCUCACCGCACUGCCCUAUAUAGCUAUGUGGUUGUCUUCGUUCCUGUUCGGCUUUAUUUGUGACUUAUGCAACAAGAAAGGCUGGCAUACAAUCAAGACUGGAAGAAUCAUUCAUACUACUAUAGCUGCAACUGGUCCGGCGAUAUGUAUAAUCUUGGCGUCAUACGCCGGCUGCGACCGCACAGCUGCGAUGGUCUAUUUUGUCUUGUCUAUGGCGUUAAUGGGCGGAUUUUACAGCGGAAUGAAGGUGAACGCGUUGGACCUCGCCCCCAACUACGCCGGCUCCCUCACCUCGCUCGUCAACACUACCUCCACAUUCGCCGGCAUUAUCACACCAUACCUUAUCGGGUUGUUGACACCUGACUCCACUUUGGCGCAAUGGCGUGUGGCAUUCUGGGUGUGCUUUGCAGUGCUCGUCGGUACUAACGUGGUGUACUGUAUAUGGGCCGACGGGGAGCAACAGUGGUGGGACGACGUAAGAAAAUUGGGCUACCCACCAGGCUGGAAACACGGCACACUUAUUCCUGACGAAAACCCUGAACAACCAGAGACUGUAGGACUUGCCAGCAAAAAGGAAUCCGAAGACUUAUAGUACUCAUUGCCUUUUUUCUGUGAAAAUACUGAGAGACCUACCAGAAGGACAAUAUCUUUUUAAUAAAUCAGUGAUAUCAUUAUCACAUAUUGCCAUUUUGAAGACAUACAAGACUUUAUUGUGUAAAAAUACAGAUAUAAAAGAAAGAAAGCGACCUACCUGAAGGACAAAAUCAGAAAUGAUUAAUAAAUGAGUGAUAUUUUAUUUGGGUUACAUGCUCUACUCGUAAUAGUGAUUUUAUUUGACCAUGAAAUAUUUUUAAAUGACUUUAGUUAGCUCUUAGGGGCUGCAAGGUCAGGGCCGGCCCGUCCAUACGGCGAAUGGAGCAGUCGCUCCAGGCGCCAAAUCCCAGAGAGCGCCUACUGAUAAUCCUUCUCAACCGUAGACGGUACUGCGCCUGAUAUUCAAUUGCUCACCUCAGAGUAUGGUCGAGAUCUUCGCGUUCCAUUUUUAUUACAUUACACUCAUAAUUAUGUUAUAUAGUAGUAUAGGUAUCUACAUAUCAUUAGGAACCAUGGAACAAACAGGAGAGGCGUCAUAAUUGGAUCUUGCUCCAUUUUAAAAUUUACUUCGGGCCGGCGUUGUGCAUUUUUGUAGAUUUAUCUAUACUUAUUAUACCUACUUAAUUGUGUAUUCUUGAAUAUAGAUCGUUACUUAAAUUAACCGAAUAUGCGAAACGAGGUACAAAUAGGACAUAAGGCACCGUGAUAAGCGGUUAUGAAUUAGUGUAGAAAAGUUUAUUAUGAAUUUAUAUUGUCAGUGAUGAUGUUUCAAUUUUUGUAACUGAGCCAUAUUAAUAUACUCAAACCAACCAGUCCAUGAUAUAUUUUACAUAUCGUAGUUAUAACUAAAAUAAUGUAGUUAGAUCUGUGAACUUAUGUAAAUACUCUGGAUAAUAAAAUGCUGUAUACUGUAAAAUA